GCUCUGCCCCUGUGAACGACUGCAGACUCGCUUGUCCCCGGUUCAAGCGACGCGCAACGCGUUGCAUACGUCGGCCAGGGAUCGCUGCGACCAGGACUUCGGCAACGAAGCCGGCGGACGCCGCGCAAAUUCCCAAAAACCUAGCCUACUACGGCCCAGUUCGCUGCACCACAGCCGCGCGCGCAUUCAUUACGCGGCCGCGCUGCGCAUUAUAGCGCAGCACUGUAAAAGCGACUGCGAAAUGCCGAACCACACGUUACAAAUGCAGGACGACACCUACGACGCCGCCCCGCCGCCGGCGCCCCCGGCGCACGCCGACGCCGACGCGGCCGGCGACGAGCCCGAGCCGAAGCGCUGGCCCGACCCGGCGCCGGGCACCUGCGCCGAGUCCUUUGGAACGGGUGUAGAGAACGCUACGGAAGAACCGAGAACGUAUCGCGAGGGCGAGGAGGUCGACGUGUUUUAUCGAGCGUUGGAAGACGACACGGGCGGCUACUUCCCCUGUGCGGACAGCACGGACAACCUGUGCGGUCCGAGGCUCGCGCGGAGCGACGGCUGGGUGCCGGCCGUCGUCGAGCGCGCGCACCACGGCUGGGACGGCGAGCAGGUUCUGGUAAGGCACGCGUGGCCGCACUGGCGCGAGCCGGGCGGGCGGCCCCUGGACAUGAGUGACGAUCGGAACGCGGUGCAGCGGUUCGCUCCCUAUCGCGUGCGGCCGCGAUCUGAAAAACCUGAAAAACCGUCCCUGGAUAUUUUAUUGGUGAGAUGGGGCGGCAAGGAGGACCCCGACGCUUGUGCGGGGCAAUAUAGUGGAAGUUGGGGCUCGGCAGGUGCCGUCGUGAGCGAUCGCUUCGCGAGUGGGUUGCUGGACUUUGUGCACUGGAAGCUCGGGUGUGAUUAUGGUGCUUGUACGGCCUACGUGACGUCUGGUUCAGACCUGGAGCGCCUCUGCGAGCGACGCAUCACGCAAAUGUUGAAAGGAAAACACGUCGCCGCUUUUUAUCUGUUGUGGCCGGCGCGCUUUGAUGAUGGGACUGCGGGUAGACCUGGCAUGGUGCCCGCGGACUCGUUGCUGGAGCUCAUGCGUCGUGUUGAGUCAGCGGGCGUUCCUACGAGAUUUCCGCAUUCUGCGCAUGUCUAUCGAGCUCUACUCGCGAAGGAGUGGACGACGGCGGUAAGCGGUUGCGGUCCUUCGCAAAUGAGAGUGCCGGCGACGACGCGCGUCUCGGCGUCGAGUGUCGCGCGCGUGCCGUUCUCCGCCGCGAAGCGCGCCGUCGACGCGCUGCGGGCCAUCAAAGGUGACGAAUGUGAUCGCGGCGUCGUCAAGCUCGGGUACUCGUGGGAGGCGCUCGAUGUGCGCGCGUGGCGCGGCGUGAGUGAUUUGGCGGGCGCGCUGGUCGACGUCCUGCACCAGCCGGGCUGUCGCGCGAGACAUGUCUUCGUCCAAGAGUACGUGCGGCAUCUGGGGGAGGCGCGGUGCUAUGUGGUGGAUGGCCGCGUCGCGAAGAUUUUAUUUACGCGCUUCGAGCCGCCCGACGACGAGGGCGACGACGCCGGCCGCUUCUGCACCUUCAAGGAGGUUCCCCGUUCAACAAUCUUGGAGGGCUGGUGCGAGAAUAGUCCCGAGAGGUUGCAGGCGUUGGACACGGCACUACGGGGCCUCUGCGCGACGUGGGGGACGUGGCUCCUGGCUUUGGAUGCCGAGCCGCAGCCGUUCUAUAGGAUAGACGCCUUCGUGUGGUGGGAUGAGAACGGCUGGCGUUUGACCACGGGCGAGAUCACGGAGCUCGGCGGGUCUUUUUUGGGAUGGCGCGACGGGCCGCGCGUCGUCUUCGAGGCCGUCCUGCGGAGCUGCUUCCGCGACGGGGCGCUCGAGGCGUGGGAGGGCCGCCGGCGCGCGGACGACGCGACGCCCGACCGGUCGCCGACGCCCGGCGACGGCGACGACGAGGACGACGCGCGGCCGGGGUGGAGCGAGGAGCCUCCUGCGCUGCCGGUGGCGGACUAUUUAUCCCAGUGA